CACACGCACAAAACUGAUACACACAAAGGCCUAUAUGUGUUAGCCCCUAUUUGACUUCUUUUCAUCUAUUAGUUUGUUAACAUUACAAAUCAAGGCAAUAGAACAGUAAGUGUAGGAAAUACAGAUUUAGUGUAUAGCUGUUUGCCUUAUGGAAAGCUGAUUACAUGCGUGUGUAGGUAUAUUUAAAAUAGUGGAAGAAAUUAGAAAGAAAAGUAUUUCUCACCUAUCCACAUUGUGAACGUCAUCAGUUUUAUCAAUACUGAUAACAGAAACAGUAGUAGUGUAAUAAUAAAAACAAAGUAACCAGAAAAAUCAAACGGAGUUCUUUUGUUAUUGCUGCUGAUGUUUGUUGGGUUCAUUCAAUCAUCAUAGAGUUUAUUCACAUACAUAUUCUUAAUUAAUCAUAAAAUAAAUCUAUCAACUCAGCUGUUUACUUUGACAGUUUCAGAAUUCGUUUGAAGGGUACUAUCUCAUAAUUUCUUUGCAAACAAAAUACUGAUAGUUUGAGAUAACAGUAAUAACAAAAAGAACAAAUCUACUUUCGUGUUAUUGAUUUUAUUGAAAGUAUGGAGACAGCAUUCUCUAAAACAGUCGAAGAAGUUCUGACCUAUUUCGACUCUGAUCCAGAAAAUGGUCUCAGUGAUGAACAGGUUAAGAAACAAACUGCAAAAUUUGGUCCCAAUGAACUUCCUGCCGAAGAAAGUAAGGCAAUUUGGCAGCUUGUUCUUGAACAAUUCGACGAUUUACUGGUGAAGAUUUUACUACUGGCCGCUAUCAUUUCAUUCGUUCUCGCUUUAUUUGAAGAGAGUGAAGAAAGCAUUAGUGCAUUUGUUGAACCACUUGUCAUCUUGCUUAUCUUGGUUGCUAAUGCAAUCAUUGGUGUAUGGCAGGAACGUAAUGCUGAGUCAGCUAUUGAGGCUCUGAAAGAGUAUGAGCCGGAAAUAGCUAAAGUAUUCCGGAAAAGUCACUAUGGUAUUCAAAGAAUUAAAGCAAGGGAGCUGGUUCCUGGUGAUAUUGUUGAAGUAUCAGUUGGGGACAAAGUGCCUGCAGAUCUAAGAAUAAUCAAGAUUAUGAGCACAACUCUAAGGAUAGAUCAGUCUAUUCUAACUGGUGAAUCAGUGUCCGUUAUCAAGUUCACUGAUCCUGUACCAGAUCCAAGAGCUGUUAAUCAAGACAAAAAGAAUAUUCUCUUCAGUGGAACCAAUGUUGCCUCUGGUAAGGCUAAAGGUAUUGUCGUUUCAACUGGUCUAAUGACUGAAAUCGGUAAAAUUCGUAAUCAGAUGAUGGAUACGGAACAAGAAAAAACACCAUUACAACAAAAAUUAGAUGAAUUCGGACAACAAUUAUCAAAAGUCAUCUCUAUUAUUUGUGUCGCUGUAUGGGCUAUCAAUAUUGGUCACUUCAAUGAUCCAGCACAUGGAGGUUCAUGGUUAAAAGGAGCUAUUUAUUAUUUUAAAAUUGCCGUUGCAUUGGCAGUUGCUGCUAUCCCUGAAGGUUUACCAGCAGUUAUAACUACAUGCUUAGCACUGGGUACACGUCGAAUGGCUGCUAAAAAUGCAAUCGUGCGUUCACUACCAUCAGUUGAAACACUAGGUUGUACCAGUGUAAUUUGUUCAGACAAAACAGGCACACUUACAACGAAUCAAAUGAGUGUUUGUAGAAUGUUCACAUUUUCAAAAGCUGAUGAAAAGUCCGCCGACAUAAAUCAUUUUGAAAUCACUGGAUCUAAAUAUGCACCUGAAGGUGAAGUAUUUUUAAAUGGUCAGAAAAUUGAAUCUGGAGAAUAUGAAGGUCUUGUCGAAUUAGCGCACAUUUGUGCCAUGUGCAACGAUUCAGCUAUUGAUUACAAUGAAAGUAAACAUGUUUAUGAAAAAGUCGGUGAAGCUACAGAGACUGCAUUGUGCUGUUUAGUUGAAAAAAUGAAUGUAUACAAGACAUCGAAGUCAGGUUUAUCGAAGAAGGAUUUAAGCAUGGUGUGCAACCAUCAAAUCCAGGGCAUGUGGAAUAAAGAGUUCACUUUGGAGUUUUCACGUGAUCGAAAAUCUAUGUCUGUCUACUUACAAGCUAAACCUGCAUUUACAUCUAAAAUUCCAAAUACUUCGGGUUCAGGAGAAACAGGCCCCAGAAUGUUUGUUAAAGGUGCUCCCGAAGGAGUAUUGGACAGGUGUACAUUCGUACGUGUUGGUAAUAAGAAAGUUCCUAUGACACCGAUGUUGAAAGCUGAAAUUGUCAAAAAUGUAGCAGCCUAUGGAACUGGUCGUGACACACUUAGAUGUUUGGCUUUAGCAACAUGUGAUUCACCGGUUAACAAAGCACAAAUGGAUUUAGAAGAUGCAGCUAAAUUUGUUAAAUAUGAACAAAAUUUAACAUUUGUCGGAGUGGUUGGUAUGUUGGAUCCACCUCGUAUGGAAGUAUUCGACAGUAUUGCUAGAUGCCGUAAAUCUGGUAUUCGUGUUAUUAUGAUAACUGGUGAUAAUAAGGCGACAGCUGAAGCUAUUUGCCGUCGUAUUGGUAUUUUUGGAGAGGAUGAAGCAACAAGUGGAAAGUCGUUCACUGGACGUGAAUUUGACUCACUGCCUAUUGAAGAACAACGAGAAGCAUGUAGACGAGCAAAACUGUUCGCACGUGUUGAGCCUAUGCAUAAGAGUAAGAUUGUUGAGUUCCUUCAGGAGGAUGGUGAAGUAUCUGCCAUGACUGGAGAUGGUGUUAAUGAUGCACCAGCACUUAAGAAGGCAGAAAUUGGAAUUGCUAUGGGAAGUGGUACAGCUGUAGCUAAAUCAGCAGCUGAUAUGGUAUUGGCUGAUGAUAAUUUCAAUUCAAUUGUACUGGCUGUUGAGGAAGGACGAGCUAUUUAUAAUAAUAUGAAACAAUUCAUUCGCUAUUUAAUUUCAUCAAAUAUUGGUGAAGUUGUCAGUAUCUUCCUCACUGCUGCACUGGGUCUACCUGAAGCUUUGAUUCCAGUACAACUUUUAUGGGUCAACUUAGUAACUGACGGGUUACCAGCUACUGCAUUAGGCUUCAAUCCUCCUGAUUUGGACAUUAUGGAUCGUCCACCAAGAAAUAUUAAAGAUCCUUUAAUUUCUGGAUGGUUAUUCUUCCGUUAUGUUGCUAUUGGUGUUUACGUUGGAUGUGCUACGGUUGGAGCUGCUGCCUGGUGGUUCAGUCUUUAUGCUAAAGGACCACAACUUAAUUACUAUCAACUGACUCAUCAAUCUCAGUGUUUAGCACAAGAAUCUCGUUUUGAGGGAGUAGACUGUGCUAUAUUUUCUCAUCCGAAACCUAUGACUAUGGCUUUAUCUGUACUGGUUCUCAUUGAGAUGUUGAAUGCUAUGAACAGUCUAUCGGAAAAUCAAUCGUUGAUCUCUAUGCCACCAUGGGUAAACAUUUGGCUCAUCCUUGCUAUGAUUGUCAGUAUGUCAUUGCAUUUCUUGAUUUUGGAGGUUGAAUUCCUUUCGAAAGUCUUCCAAAUCACUCCGUUAUCAUUGGAGGAAUGGUUUAUGGUGAUCAAGAUCUCAGUACCAGUCAUAUUUAUAGAUGAGGCGCUCAAACUGAUUGCCAGAAGGUUUGCAGAUGUGUGUAUUUAUGGUGAAGGCAUAUUCUAG